GUAUAUGUCGGCGCGACCGUCUAACAUCAAAGGAGUGUCCCUUCUGGUUCGUUUCCUUAUUCUCUGACCAUGAAGGCAAGCUAGAAAAUAUUGCCGUCUUCUCGGGCUUCCGUGACAUUCAAUUUUAACUUUUUAAAUUUUAAAUUUCGACCUAGAAGGGAAAAUAUCCAUUUUUGAAAUUUUUCCCUAUGUCGCCUAUACAAAUUUGAGUAAUCUAAUUUGACUGCAUGCAAUAAAACUAAAAAUUGCUAUAUUUUCUCUGCCUUUAAGCUUUUGUUGGAAAACUCUUUUUCGCUCUUGUUGCAAAUUGUUUUAGUGAAUGUUUUAUAUCAAAACCUAGACGAUAACGCGUUCAUAGCGCCUGAUUUAAAAAAUAUAGUCGCACGCUCGCGAUCAUACGAGAAAUCAAUACAAAAAUAUUGUCCGACCGAUUUUGCAGAAAAUCAGACUCUCUGAAAGUUUGCGUUAUCUUCUAGGUUAUGAAAUAAUACAUUGACCAAAACGAUUUUCAACAAGAGCGAAAAUGAGUUUUGCAACAAAAACGUAAAGCAGAGAAAAUAUAGCAAUUUUUAAUUUUAUUGCAGUCAAAUUAGAUUACUCAAAUUUGUAUACGCGACAUAGGGAAAAAUUUCAAACAUGGAUAAUUUCCGUUCCAAGUCGAAAUUUAAAAAUGUCCAAGGGAGAGUUUUAGAUUUUAAUGUGCUAUAUUAUAAUCUUUUGGUUUUAAAUUAAAAAAGUUAAAAUUGAAUUUCACGGAAGCCCGUGAAAAUGGCAAUAUUUUCUAGCUCGCCUUGGUGUAAAUUUCGCGUUUCCUGCAUUAUGAUUAAUUAGCUGAGAGCGAAAAUGUAAACAAAUGAGCUGAUUGGUCAAGCACGAAAUCUGCUCUUGUUCAAAAGCUUGGUCAUAUAGCUUUUUUCAAGAGGUAAAUUGUUUACUGUGCACUUACGGAUCACUUUAUUCACUUUAAAACGUACGGAAGGGUCGUUUUCGAAGUCCAAUUUUAGUCGAACUGGCUUCAUUCUUGUGUGAAUUCGAAGCAAUUUUCUCCUCGCAAUCUAUUGACUCAAUUUUGCUCAAAGUUGCUCUGAAACUUGUUUAUAAUCGCUACUAAACAUAAAGGGUUUAAACUAGUCGUUCGUGUCAAACGUAUAGCAGAGAAAUUUAAUAACAUAACGUCUCAUGAAAACGACAUUGUGCGCCCGUCAUUUAGAAUAAAAUGAUCAAAUAACAGCGGUAAUGUCAUCUUUUCAAGUACAUUAUUUAUGUAUGCCUAUUUUGUAGGAAAUAGCGAACGAUGACGAUUUUGCUCUUCCAUACUGGGACUGGACUGAAAAUCCCACCCAGUGCAACUCCAUUAUCUGCUCUGAGGAUCUCCUCGGCGUUACUGACCAAUCCAGUGGUAUUGUUAAAGGGAAAUACUUGGACAAAUGGUGGGUAAUUUGCACCAGAGAACUGACGAACCACCUCACAAUGCUUUGUAAUCCUAACGACCAGAUGAGUGGACUGACAAGGAACACCCUAAACGAUAAGCAGGAUGCAGUGAAAGAGCGUGGAUUCAUCAUGACGUUCCCAACGAACGACGAUGUCAACUUUGCACUUCGAUUUGGAUUUUAUGACGUUCCACCUUACAGCACAGAGUCCAGCUGCAAUUUCAGAAAUAUCCUGGAGGGUUACAGUAGCAGCAAAACAGGUUAUCGUUUGCCGAAUGUGCAUACCUUGCAUAACCGGGUGCAUAUAGGUAUAGCUUCUCAUAUUUUAUAACAUUUUACUUGAAUUUGUAGAGAUAGCACUAUUAAAUAUUUAUAGUUUUCAGCGCUUUAUAAAUAAAUAAUUAUUAUUAUUACACAUUCAAAGUCUAUUCUCAUUCGUGAUUAUUAGUCAAAACGCGUUGGAUGAUUCACACGGUAUCUUGAAGCCGUCGCGUUAUUUCAGCUGCUGACAUCAGCAUGCAAUAAUACUUUUUUUGGACCGAAGUUCGGUCCAAAAAAGUAUUAUUGCACGCUGUGGUUAGCGGGCCCCGACGCGGUCAUUAUUUGCUAAAAAGUGCACAAAAAUGCAUAAACAAAGUGUCUUUGCUUUCUUUCUAACAUUUGAAUAUAUAAUAAAACAAUUAUUGAAUUCGGUUUUCGUAUGACAUCGAGAAUAAUUAAAGCCUCGGUUUGUGUUAUCCACACUAGCCUUCGGCUUCGGUGGAUAACACAAAACUCGGCCUUGAUAAUUGUCAAUAUCAUACUUAACCUCAUUCGGUAAUUGUUUAUUAUUAUUUAUUAUAGUCAUUGGUAGAAUCAUGGGAGAUGUCCCUUCGGCUUCGAACGACCCGAUCUUUCAUCUUCAUCAUUCAUUUGUGGAUCGUAUUUACGAAAAGUGGCUUCGGAAGUUUGAAAAAGAUUCUUCAGUUCUUUCCAAAUUCAAUGCGCCCUUAGGUCACAGUAAAAAUGACGUCAUUGUACCUAUGUUUCCGGUGUACACUCAUAAGGAAAUGUUUAGAAAAUCUCUUGAUUUCGGCUAUGAAUAUGAAGAUGUUGACGAGAAAGGUAAGUAAGACUGAAUAAUAAUAGAUCGCACCAUCGUAAAGGGAUUUUGCACGUAGCAUUGAGCGGAAGUUACAGCCUCAUCAGAGUAAAUUCUGAUGAUAAGGUACGCUUAGGAUGUCCAUCCGUGACAUCCGACACCUUCGAAAAGGUCCACACAAAUGACUCGUGUGCAGUCUAUAGCAUUUAAAGAGCUAGCUAUUUUUUUAGAAGGAGUCGUGUGGGAUUUCCACUGGAAUUUGAUUUAUAUCUUUUAAUCGUGUUUCAUAUUUACUUGUUGUAAAUGUAUAAUUACAAGUCACACGUAUUGGUGCAUGGUAGCAAAUCAGAUUCAAUUACAACCAAUAAUAUUAGCAAUAACAGUGACAAGUUUUGUGAGAAGAAUUGUAGAAACGACUUAUCCCACUCAAUAAUUUUAUUUAUCACGCCCUUCUUUACCCAAUCUUUAUUGUUUAGGCAAUUCUCCUGAAGACGAGAACGGUGAUGAUUCUUCACUGGGAGAUUGUCCUGUGCCUUCUACAAUGCCUUCUGGCGUAUCUGGCAUGCGUUUGAGUUGGUUGCUAGUGUUAAUUAUACCACUAUGGCAGCUACUUUCUGGUGAUUGAGGACGAAUAUUGUUCUCUGGGUCUCCUCUUUCUAACCCAGACUGGGAUGGGAAGAACAGAGAUCUUGGAUACGAAGAAAACGCAACAUUAAGAAUAUUAACAUCCGUUUAAAAACUGCUGAUUAUAGGUAUUAUUCUAGCUAGGAUAGUUACGUUUAAAGGGAAUGUUUCCACAGAAGUUCCCAUUAGGUAGUCUAGAUUAUAGAAAAAUCAUGCAAACUAUAGCAAUAAAAUUCAG